AUGGCACUUGCUAAAGAUAGAAACCAUAAUGAUCAUUCUUUGGUCCAUCAAUCCUACAAGCUCUAUGGAGAAUUCGAAGAGAUUGAAAGCCCGGAAAAGAAAGGGAAUUUCGCAGGAAGUUCAUCUAAUUCUUCUUCGAUUUCUAGUCCAGGCAGUGCUACGAAUUCUAGUGGGUUUGUUUACCGAGCUACCACGAAUCAUCAACAACAGUUACAACCUGAAGAAGGCCAUUCGGUUAUAAGCUUCAAGCCGGGUUACUAUGAGAAUAGUUUCAUGCAAGGUGGUAGCAGUUCAUGUUUCCUUAGCUUUGAUGAAAAUGAAGAACAGCCGUAUCCGGGUAACAUGAGCCCUAAUCAGCUGAUGAAUCUUGGGUCGGGUUCAUUCGAUAGUUUACGUUUGUUGGAAAAUAUGAGCUGCAUCCAAAGUGGUAGUGUUAAGGAAAAUAAUCACCAUGAGGACUUGGAUACAUUUGCAUGGCCAAAUCCAUCAUCUUCUGAUAAUUAUCUUGCAGCACAAGAAUCAUCUUUCCAUAAGAGAUCUCAUUCGGGUGAAAGUGAGAAAGCAUUCAAGAAACAAUGUACCGGAAACACUGCAACGAAGAAGACAAAGCAAAAAACAGCAGUCCAACCCAAAGAUCCACAAAGUAUUGCAGCCAAGAAUCGUAGAGAACGAAUCAGUGAGAGGCUAAAAGUUCUCCAGGAUCUCGUCCCAAACGGUUCCAAAGUUGACUUGGUAACUAUGUUAGAGAAAGCCAUAAGUUAUGUAAAGUUCCUACAACUGCAAGUGAAGGUGUUGGCAACUGAUGAGUUCUGGCCAGUGCAAGGUGGAAAAGCACCUGAACUUUCACAAGUAAAAGAUGCCAUUGAUGUUAUACUUUCCUCUUCCAAGAGAGACAGAUCAUGUUCAAGUUCUAAGUGAUCGAUCUUAAUUAAUUUCGUGUAUGCAACAAAACUUCGCACCAAGUGCUAAGUAGCGAGUAGUUCAGCGUUGAGUGAUCAUCUCCUAGUUAUAUAUAGGGCCAAAAAAGAGUAUAUCGAACUUGAUGCAG